GUAUUUCCAGACGUGGAUUGAAGAUAAGUAUUUGUACUUAUAUAUUGUCGUGAUCUGAAUAAUCGUUGCAAACGAGAUAAAGAGUAUGAAAGAGAUUAUUCUCUUGACAAUUUGCUUCUCGGGAAUUAUCUGCAAUAGUCCUCAUGGGGGAAAUCCCCAUGGUGGCCAGCUGACCAUCUGGGAAUUAACGGACAAACUCUGGGCACUAGGAGACCUUGACCUUGAUGGUCAUUUGUCCCUGGCUGAAUUAGAGCGAGAAUUUGUCACAAACUUUGAUCAUGAUGGAAGCGGUUGCGCCGUGAGUCACGAGUUUGUUCACCAAUGGCAGCAUAAUUACCAGGACACACAUCAAGCGUCGGUACAUGUAUUCCAGCACUUUGACAUGGACCACAGUGGUGCUGUUUGUCACAAUGACAUCCAGGAAUUGUUCACCGCCGCAGACCAUAAUAAGGAUAACCUUAUUGAAAAGAAUGAGUUUGAUGGUUUACUCCUUUUUGUAAAUAUAUGA